AUGCAGCCGCUUACUCUCGUUAUCGUAGGCCUGUUGUUGUUGGUCGUGGCCGUUGUGCACUUCAUCAAAGCCUUUAGGGAGAUAAACGACCCAAAUGGAAUACCGGGGCCGACACAGAUACCCUACUUGGGGCGCGUCCAUGAUCUUCCUAUCCAGUUCAUGUGGCUCAAGUUCAAGGAGUGGGCGGACAAAUAUGGACAACAAGGGUUCUACCGAACCACCAUGCUUGGUGCCGAAUUCAUCGUCGUGACCGAUGAGAAGGUAGCGGAGGAUUUGCUGGUCAAGCGCGCCAAGUAUAACUCGGAUCGGCCAGUCAUUCAAUCCUUGUUUGACUCCAAGAGCGCGUAUGGGUCGAUGGAAUACCUUCCCCUGAUGGGCCACAAUCAAUACUGGGCGCGUCAAAGAAAACUCAGUCAUUCCUAUCUGGCCGAGGCCACAAAAGCUCACUACUACAGUGUAAUGUACUUUGAGGUCCAGCGAUGGAUGGCCCGCCUUCUCGAAAACCCCGAAGACUUCCAACACUCUCUCGAGGACAUGUCAUCCAAGAUCAUGUGCCAGUUGACAUGGGAUGAUCCGAGCCUCAGUGAGUACUGUACCAAGAGCGCCUGGGGUCUCUUGACACAGAUGUCACCGGCUGGACCCAUCACCAACGUCUUGACACCGCUCUGGCACUUGCCAACCUUGAUCAACCCCUGGAAGAGAGCAGAGCGCAAACGUCACGAUGAACAACAAGCGUGGUGGAUGGAGCGUCUUUUGACAUGCAGGGAGAAGUUGGCGCACGGCGAACUACGCCCAUGCUGGACUCGCCAGUUUCUCGAGAAGACGUCCCUCAAGACCAGCAUUUCUGGUGACUAUGAGGCAUCUUCUGUCAUUGGGAUGUUGGCCCUGGUUGGAAUCUUUACCGUCGUGGGUCCGAUGUCCUACUGGCUUGUGUCAAUGGUUCACAACCCCAAAUGGCAAGAGGCUGUUCAAAGGGAAGUCGACCAGGUUUGCGGUGGCCGUAUGCCAAGAUUGGAAGACGCUCCCCGGUUACCUAUCCUCCGUGCUUGCAUCAAGGAGGUAAUGAGGUGGAAGCCGAACGUGCCCACAGGUGUCGCCCACGAGACCGAGGCGGAUGAUCACUACCAGGGUUUUUUCAUCCCCAAGGGAACCCGCAUCCUUCCCCUUGACUGGUCCUUCCUCCGUAACCCCGUCAAGUACCCCGACCCGGACAACUUCCGUCCUGAGCGCUGGCUCGAACCGGGCUGGCCCACGUACCAGGAACCGCUGACGCAGUAUCCGACCAUCAAGGGCCUUAGCUCUUUUGGAUGGGGGCAGCGCCAGUGUCUCGGUAUGUCACUCACCCAAGAUGAACUCAUUGUGGGAUGCGGUGCCUUGGCCUGGUUGUUCAACCUUAAGCAUAAGCGUGAUCCCGUAACGGGCCAGGAACUACCCGUCCCGCUCGACCAGAGCAACUCGCUGCUUAUCAUCAAGCCUGAUCCGUUCCAAAUGGAAUUUGAGCCCCGUUCGGAAAAGAAGAAGAUGGAAGCGUUGAGGAUCUGGAAAGAGUCCGAGGCAAAGGAUCGCGCGAAGAGAGAACAGUGGCUGAGGAACCUUGGAGAGGGGAAGCCGAAUGUGAUCAAGGAGCCAAAGGUGCCGCAAUCGACAGUAAAGAUUCCAUCUCACUCACCGGCAGCAGCGGUCCCGGUUGUACUCGUGAACGGACACGAAACGAAUGAGUCAUUGGAGGAGGUUGUUAUGGAAAAGGCGGUGGUUGAUUUGAGGAAGGAGGCGGGUAUCCGCAUCAAGAUCGCGAGGCUAGACUCCACUGCGAGUGUGUAG